ACUUGCAGCCCGUCCAUCCAGCUCAUCUGAUGCUCCCACUACACAUUCCAUCUUAUUCCCCUGUUCCCCUAUUCCACAUAGAUGCAUAUAAAAACAUCACCCGCCCAAACCAUACAACUACCAAAACACAAAUCAGGCCUGCAAAAUUUGUAGAGCAAAAAGAAAAUCCCCAACUCGAACAUGGCUUCUGUAGUUCUGAGAAUCCUCUGUGCAGCGUGCUUACUAUUCAUGGCCGUCCGGUCCGAUGGCGUCUCUCUGGCCACGGGUCCGGCUGCGGCAGCGGCGCCUGCGGCCCCGGUGGUCGUGGCGCCGAGGCACGGGAAGCUGAACCUAACGGCCAUUCUGGAAAAGGCCGGGCACUUCAAUACCUUAAUAAGUCUGCUGAGAUCCACACAGGUGGACACUCAGCUGCAAAAUCCUCAGCAACAAGGGAUCACCCUUCUCGCCCCCUCGGAUGCCGCUUUUGCAGCUCUGAAAUUCGACACACUUCAUGCCCUUAGCGACCAGGACAAAAUUGCCCUUCUGCAAUACCACGUGUUGACCAGCUAUUACACAUUCGGGCAGUUACAGACCGUGAGCAACCCAGUUCGGACCGUGGCCUCGGGCAGCGGAGGCCUCUUUAAUAUGAAUUUCACUUCCAUCGGCAACAACGUUACUUUGUCCACAGGUAUUGUGAACGCAUCGAUUCCCGGCCCUGUCUAUUCACAGAGCCCCGUUGCCGUGUAUCAGGUCGACAAGGUGCUGCUUCCUCUCGGCGUUUUUGGCCCAAAGCCCCCCGCCGCUGCACCCGCGCCCGAGGCUGGGGCUCCCAUGGUCACGCCCACCGUUUCUCUGUCAUCUGACGGGUCUGCAACUUCUGGGUGUAGAUCUCAGUUUGUCUUCUCCAAUGGCGUUUUUCAGGCUAUGGCUGCUCUGUCUGUGGGUUUCGUGGCUUACUCGUAACGGUGGUAUUAUUUGUUGUUGCUUUCUAAUUGUUGUCCUGUUGUGGGGUGGCCUUCCUUCCUUCCUUGCCCUGAAUAAAGGUCAUUCUUUUUAAUUGCGGUGAUGUGUGUAUUAUUAUUGUAUUCUGUACCAUGUUCAGAUUUUGUAUUCUGUAUUUGAUAUUUUAAUUUUUUGUUAUGAGAUGCGGAUUGCUGAUGGGUUUUGGAACGAUCUAUCAUUGUGAUGUACGUAUCAAAGUUUCAGUAAUUGGUAUUUUUUUUGGUUUCCUA